AUGUCUGGCCUUUACAAUCAGACAGUCCCGGUCUUCAUCCACUACCUGAGGAAUCUUUCGCAUUUGCUCAAAAAAGGAGCCCAGUUCUGCGAAGAAAAAGAGGGGGUAACAGCUGCGUCGAUGCUGUCAUUCCGUUUGAUUGAAGACAUGAGAGGUCUUCCAUUCCAAGUCCAGAGUUGUUCCAACACAGCCAAAUUCACCAUCCAGCGAAUUGGAAAUCACGAGGUACCGACGCUGGAGGACAAUGAGUCGACCUUCGAGGAGCUGCAAGCGCGCAUCGAGCGGACGAUUCAGAUCCUAGAGAUGGCCAAGCCUGAGGCCAUGGACGCGCUAGCGGACAAAGAGGUCAUCAUGGAAACGAAGAUGGGCAAUUUCCGUUUCGCGACAGGCCAGGAAUAUGUCUCCAACUAUGCAAUUCCCAAUUUCCACUUCCACUUGACAACGGCCUAUUGUAUUAUGCGACAUCUGGGGGUUCCUUUGGGAGCAAUGGAUUAUUUGAAAGAUGUAUUUCACAAAGUUUAA